UCUCUCUCUCUCUCUCUCGAAAUUCUUUCGCUAGCUCGCAACUGGCUAACUCUCAGAAAACUCUGGAAGAGACCCAAAACCAGAGGGUGGUGCUCGCCCUAUAUGAAGCCCUAAGCUCACGAGACGUCGACACCAUCCACAAGCUCUUGGCCUCCGAUUUGGAGUGGUGGUUCCAUGGCCCGCCUUCCCACCAGUUUAUGAUGCGCUUGCUCACCGGCACUGCCACCGCCGACGACUCCUUCGAGUUCUUGAACCAAUCUAUUGCCAACGUCGGAUCAACGGUUCUCGUUGAGGGCUACGAUCAAGACCGUUCAAUAUAUUGGGUUCACGCGUGGACUGUCAGUGAUGGGAUAAUUACACAGGUGAGAGAGUAUUUCAAUACUUCUCUGACUGUUACCCUCCUGGGGAACACAGACCAAUCAUCAUCGUCCGAUUUCCCGGCUAUUACGUCACUCCAUUGCCCGUCGGUCUGGGAGAGUAGCGUCUCGAAUCUCGUCGGUAAAUCUAUGCCGGGUCUUGUGCUGGCACUAUAAGCUCUGAUCCUCUCUGCGGCCGGGAGUAGUAUAAGAUUAGUAGUACUUUCUACUUUGAAUAAAACGGUACAAGCCAUUGCAGCGUGUGAUUGCGCAUGGGCUGAAGUACUGUGGUAUCUUGCGUUUGUGCGGCUGUAAUUAGAUUUGGUCUUACUAAGGGUUUGUUUGGCUAUGUCGCCUAUUUAGUUUACUUUCGUCUUUUAUUUUAAGGAGUGUUUGGGAUUUAAAGUGUCUUUGUGUGUUUUUGAGUUUGAGGAGGCCAUUAUGGGGAGACCCUGUUGGUUACAUCCUGACUCAUCUGUUAUAUGGUGUGUUACUUGUGCAAUAAAAAUGCUUUUAUGCCACAUAGC